UUGCGUAUAUCCGCAACGGGCUCAUCUCCAUCUCGCACCUCCAGCACUCCUGGUCCACCGCCGUUCUGCACACCCUGCACACCCGCGACAUUCCCUCCCAAUUGACCUAGCUGCCGCCGUUGCAGCACGCCUUUUGAUACCCCCAUUCAUUGUACCUCCUUUCGAUCAAAUAUUAGCUCGAGAUGGCUCCGAUCACCACCGAGAGUGCGUCGCCGAUUGGCAUUGCCAAUCUGCCCAACCAGCGGCACAAGAUCGUUGCUAAGAGGGGUGCCGCGUUCACGAUCAUGGUCGCUGGCGAGUCUGGCCUGGGCAAGACGACCUUCAUCAACACGCUCUUCUCCACCACCAUCAAGAACUACGCCGACCACAAGCGCCGCCACCAAAAGCAAAUCGACAAGACGGUCGAGAUCGAGAUCACCAAGGCCGAACUGGAGGAGAAGUUCUUCAAGGUUCGCCUGACUGUUAUUGACACGCCGGGCUUCGGCGACUACGUCAACAACCGCGACUCGUGGAUGCCCAUUAUCGAGUUCCUCGACGACCAGCACGAGUCUUACAUGCUCCAGGAGCAGCAACCGCGCCGCCAGGACAAGAUCGAUCUCCGUGUGCACGCCUGCCUGUAUUUCAUCCGCCCGACCGGCCACACCCUCAAGCCUCUCGACAUCGAGGUCAUGAAGCGGCUGUGCUCGCGCGUGAACCUCAUCCCAGUCAUCGCCAAGGCUGACACGCUCAGCCCCUCCGAUCUAGCCAAGUUCAAGCAGAGGAUCCGCGCCGUCAUCGAGGCCCAGAACAUCAAGAUCUACCAGCCGCCGGUCGAGGAGGACGACGAGGCGGCCGCCCAGCACGCGCGCAGCCUGAUGGCUGCCAUGCCUUUCGCCGUCAUUGGCUCUGAGAAGGACGUCAAGACGAACGACGGGCGCAUCGUGAAGGGCCGCCAGUACUCGUGGGGCGUGGCCGAAGUGGAGAACGAGGACCAUUGCGACUUCAAGAAGCUGCGGUCGAUCCUGAUCCGCACGCACAUGCUGGACCUGAUCCACACGACCGAGGAGCUGCACUACGAGGCCUACCGCGCGCAGCAGAUGGAGACGCGCAAGUUCGGCGAGGCGCGCCCGCGCAAGCUCGACAACCCCAAGUUCAAGGAGGAGGAGGAGGCGCUGCGCAAGCGCUUCACCGAGCAGGUCAAGAUCGAGGAGCAGCGCUUCCGCCAAUGGGAGCAGAAGCUCAUCGCCGAGCGCGACCGCCUCAACAAGGAUCUCGAGCAGACCCAUGCCCAGAUCAAGCAGCUCGAGGCCGAGCUCGAGCAGCUGCAGGGCAGUGCCGUGCGCAGCCACGGACGCCGCUAGGGGUUCGUCGUUUCGAGGGACCGCCCCGGCUCGUCUGGCCCCUGCUCGAGGUACACAUCGUUUGGCGCCGGCUCGCUCAGGGAUCGCGCCACUCUCCACUAGACUUGUCAGCCCUGCUCUUUUUCUGCUGCAACCGAGCCUUAGGCUGCUUCGGGAGCAUAGGUGUUCCCCCCGGGAUGCGCCGUACAUGGACAUGGUUUUGGCAAGCGAGCAGUCGGUUGACAACAGUGUGCCCGCAGUUGUUUAUUUUUUGCCUUUUUCCUGCUUUGUUAUCGCCCGUUUCUAAAUACUACUCCUACUUCUAUUCCCCCCCUACCGGUUAGUUGAUUAGCAGACAGGGGAAAAGAGGUGCGCAUGAACAGGGACUUUGCGUCUUGCUAUCGAGGAAUUGUUGUCUCCAGACUCGUUCCUUUUCUCGGCAAGUCCUUGCCAGAGCACCAAUCGUUUUUCUUUAGUUAACCCUAGGAUUGAUGUAAUUUAGCCGCCCCUUUCAUGAUACCAAGUUAAUGAGCAAGGUCGUCUCUGUC